CAGCGGCGGCGGCGGCGGCGGCAGCAGCGGCAGCGGCUAGGAAAGGGCCUGAGCUAGCCGCCCACGGGACGAUGAUGGGGAAGGAGGAGGAGAUCGUGCGGAUCGCCAAGCGACUGGACAAGAUGGUGACCAAGAAGAGCACGGAUGGAGCUAUGGAUCUGCUUAAGGAAUUAAAAAGCAUGCCAAUUACUCUAGAUUUGCUUCAGUCUACCCGGAUUGGGAUGUCUGUGAACGCACUGAGAAAACAGAGUACUGAUGAUGAAGUUAUCUCACUUGCUAAAUCUCUCAUCAAAUCAUGGAAAAAACUGCUGGAUGCCUCAGAAGAUAAAAAUGAUGAGAAGAAAAGGAAUUCUUCCUUGGCAACGUCUUCGAAGGAUGCCUCUGACACAAAAGAUCAAAGCUCCAACAAAAAGCAAGACCCACCGAGGACUCUCACCACUCCGAAAAUUACUACCUUCCCUCCUAUUCCCAUAACCUGUGAUGCUGUUCGUAAUAAAUGUCGAGAAAUGCUGACAGCAGCCCUUCAGACAGACAAUGACCAUAUUGCGAUUGGUGCAGACUGUGAGCAUUUAUCUGCCCAGAUUGAAGAAUAUAUCUACCAAGAUGUCAAGAAUACAGAUAUGAAGUACAAAAACCGAGUGAGAAGCCGAAUCUCCAACUUAAAGGAUUCUAAAAACCCUGACUUGAGAAAGAAUGUUUUGUGUGGAGCAAUCACACCAGAACAGAUUGCUGUGAUGACCUCUGAGGAGAUGGCCAGUAAUGAACUAAAAGAGAUCAGGAAAGCCAUGACCAAGGAAGCCAUCCGAGAACAUCAGAUGGCAAAGACAGGCGGCACCCAGACAGAUCUUUUUACAUGUGGAAAGUGCAAGAAAAAGAAUUGCACUUACACUCAGGUUCAGACUCGAAGCUCUGAUGAGCCUAUGACCACCUUUGUUGUCUGCAAUGAGUGUGGAAACCGUUGGAAGGAAACUCUGGACCCUUAUCCUGCUCUGAUCUGCAGUUGCCAACUGCCCCCAAGAAGACCCCCGUUUUCCCAGGUUGUCACUGUCACAGCCAACUUCUCAGAAAACAGUUCUGUUGAGACUUUGCAGAAUGGAACAGCAACCAUUGAGCCAGGAUGGGUCCACCUUCACGUUCUCUAGCUUCUAAAGCAGUUCUGUGCUGUCUUCCCCAAGUUUCCUUUGUCAUGAACACAUCCAAGAGCCGGGUGUUGCUGUGCCGAAGGCUUAACCUCGACCUCCACGUAUGCUCUAUUGAAAUCCAUCAGCUGUUAGGGCCCCAGGAGGGCGGGCAAAGAGCCUGUCCAUACAGCCUGGCCAUUUCAAUGGUCUCAUUCCAGUAUGUAUCAUUAUUUGUUUUCUUCCAAAUAAUAAUAAACAUUUUCUUUUUGUCA